GCAAAAAGUAGGUCAUAUUUUUACAUUUUGAGGAGCUCAAAUAUUCUUAAAUUUGUACAUAUACUUUGGUGUUGAGGUACCUUUUACAGGAAAGAAUGUCGGAGGCUGAGCCAGUAGUUGUGUCCGAAGAUAAUGGACAGGUGGCUGAUAGUAAACCUGAUUCCCAGCCAACUGAACAACAAACUGAAAAUAAACCCGAAAUGAACAGUGAAGAAAAACCCAAAGAUGAAGAUAACCUUAGCAAUAAACAAAAUGAGGAUGAAACAAAAGAGGAAGGAAUGAAAAAUAUUGAUUCUCAAAAACAGACAGACAGUCCUGCACCUAGUAGUCCAAAAGAAACCAGCCCAAGAGAAUCAGUAAAUGACAAUGUUGAACCAGACAACACUAAUGAAAUGACAGGAGGUGAAGCAACUGAUAGAACUGAAAAUGAAGAGACAAUAGCAACAGAAAAAGCACAAGGGACCAUUGAAAAUGAAGAGAUUGACAAAAUGAAUGAUGGAGAAAAUGUUAAUAGCAACACAGAUCCAGUUGAAACUGAAGCGCAGACUUUAGUCCCAACAGCUACAAUGGAAGAAUCAAGCCACCCUGUAUUGAGUCCUGAACCGGAACAAGAUAAUGUUGCAACAGGAACUGAACCCACCACGGACACCCAUGUGGUUGAUCCCCAUGCAGAGUCUCCAAUUCCCCCCAGUAUGAGCUUAAAUGAUGCUACUGCAACAGUAAAAUUUGUUUUGAUGCCUAGUGGUCAAGUUGCAACUCUAGCUUGUACUUUGGGGCAAACACUGCGAGAAUUAAAGGAUCAUUUUGCAGCUGAGCUGAAGAUGCCACCACAACUCAUAUUACUCAUGUUUGAUGGGAAGAAUAUGUCAGACAAUAUUACUCUGUCAGACCUAGGGGUUGGUCCCAAUGGCACAGUGCAGUUAGAGAUGCAAUCAGCUGACCCUGUCAAUACACCUAUUCGAGCUAUCAGACCCAAAGUAGAAUAUCACAUGCCAGAUGUCAUCACUGUACGGGUGCAGACAGAUGAUGGAACAUGGAGUGAUGUCGUUGUUGAAAUAGAGAGGGCCACUAGAAAGAAACCGUAUCUUGGUGGCUAUAGACACAAAAAGACGGACGCUAUAUACCACCAUGCAUCUGCCCAAACACAACAAAAAACAACCACAGCGAGCAAUGUUGAAAGAUUUUGUCGCGACACACAAACUCAUCAACAAAAACACGAAGUCAUUCAGACAUUUGAGGACACCUCAACACAAAUGACAAAGAUAGGAGUGUACGUAUCCAACAUGGAGGAUAGUCUAAUUAUACCUGGAAAGUACACUACAGCUGAUGAACAUCAUGCUAUGAUAUUGACAAAGAUUAUUAUAAUUCAAAAGUACUACAGAAGGUGGCUGGCCAAGCGGCAGGUUACAAGGUUACGUGAUGAUAAAAGAAAAAGAAUUGAAUGGGAGAGAAGGGAGGAAUUACGCAAGAAGAAGGAAAAAGAAGAUAGAAUUAAAAAGGAAUUUUCCAGAAGGAUGAAUCCUAAAACAAAAGAGGACUUUGAUUUGCUGUACCAUGCUUUAGAAAAAUGGAGAGAUGAAGAGGUGGAAAAGAUCAAUGCUGAGUUGACAGGGGCAGAGCGUAAGGCAGCCCUAUGCCAGCUUCUUGAGCAAGAGACACAGCUCAUUGCAUCUAUAGGGAGACACAAACUCGAUGCAGAAGAUGAGAACAAACAAAAAAGAAUCCAGGGCUUUCUUGAUAAGGCUGCUGCUCCUAAGCGCUGGAAAGCAUUUGAUGGUGGCAACACAGAGAUGGACACCCCCUACACCAUACGUGCACAGGAGCUGAAAGACAUAUACAACAGCAUCAAUAUGAAGUACCUGACUCAAGAUGAAAGGCUGGAUGUACUGUUGACACUCAAGCACACUGUCAAGGAGCAUGACUGUAAACUGACCCAGGAGAUCAUAGAACUCAUAGAUCGUGAGGCUGACCUUCUAAUGCGUGGCGUCAAGGAGAGUAACCUCGAAGGACUAAGGAAGAGGAUCUCCACACUAUUUUUGCAGUAUAUCAAAACUCCAACAUUCAACCCAGAGGCAGCACGAUUGCUCAAGGUACCCCAAGAUCCAUCCCAGCUGCGUAAAAACAUCUACUUCUGUCCAAGCUGUAAUAAAUACCUUCCCUCCACAGAAUUUCAACUUUCCUCCAACGCUAGAACCACGAGCAAGUGUCGCCAGUGUGAGAAAGUUGACAAUGAUGGCCGUUUGCGUCAAGAUUAUAGUCAUUAUCGUCAUAUGAUGAAAUCUAUACAGAGAUCGGAAGAGGCACAUGGAGAUAGCUCGAAGAUCUGCUAUCUCUUACAGGAGAGUGACUUGCGUUACAUGGUGGAGAACAUCUGGUCCAGCCAGAGUGGACUUAGUGCAUGGGAGGACCUUUAUGACUUGGUUCUUGUACGCUGGGAUAUCCAUGAGGAAUGGUCCCCCUGGAACUGUGUGUUCUUAACUAAAGAGGAAGCAUCUGCACAUGAGAAACUUAAAAAUUUAGAAGAGGCAUACGACAAAGUUUUUAUUCACAAGGUGAAACACAAGCAUGUUUUGGCACGGAACUACUUUGCGAGACUACCAGGAAUGUCUGAACACAUGAGAACAAAAACUGACAAUAGAACAAUGAGCGGACCGUCCAUUGCUGGAAAAGCAGUCUCGAUGCAGGCAUAAAACAUAUUAAAAUAAUGGACAGAACUACCAAUAAGAAAUCGCAAAAUUCCUGUUAUCAAUUAAGCAACCAGUUUGAUAUUUCCUUCAAGUUAUUAACAUGGUUUUGAGUUCAACUUUAGAGAAGAUGCAAUGACAUAAGUGAUAGUCUUGUAUCAAGCCUCUAUUUCUCCAAGUGCAAAUAGAAAAGAGAAGCGUAGCCAUGUUGCAUGACCUUCAAACUUUCAAUUGCAUGCACCUGUAAUAAGCAAUUCCACUAUAUGUGCAAAAAUCUGAAAUUUUGAUUGCAGCUGGAACUUUACAAGUGUGCCUGUAUCAUGUGUAUGUUUCUGCUUCAAUUUGAUUUGAUCUUGCAAAUUAUAAAUUAUUUAAGUUCAUGUCAAAAUGCAACAGUAAUUAAACCAAUGUUUUAAAAAACACUCAUUCCACCAUUCAAACACAUGCAACCCAUAUAAAAGUGUACAUUGUUGUAAUAUAUAUCUGUACAUAGUAAUACAUAUGAAAUAUACUUUUACAAUUACUGAACUUA